AUGUCCUCGCUUCCUGAAGGUUACUCAAUCAGACGCUUGAAAGCCACUGAUUUCGCUCGUGGUGUUCUCAACACUUUAACUGCUCUAACUACUGUUGGUGAUGUCUCUCAACUUCAAUUCGAAAACGUUGUUGCUAAAUGGGAUGCCUUGACUUUAAUGAAUGGUUCAUAUAUUUAUAACCCAGUGGUGAUCAUUAAUGAGAAAGAUGAAGUUGUUGCCACAGGUAUGCUAUUCAUCGAGGAGAAAUUGAUCCAUAAUGCUGGUACUGUUGGUCAUAUUGAAGAUAUUGCGGUUAGAAAAGAUCAACAAGGGAAAUCUCUGGGGAAACUUUUAAUUAAGAAAUUAUUAGAAAUUGGUGACAAAGCUGGUGUUUAUAAAAUCAUAUUGGAUUGUGAUCCAAAGAAUGUUGGAUUUUAUGAAAAAUGUGGAUUAAAUGAAGCUGGUGUGGAAAUGCAAAUUAGAUUUUGA